AUGAAUACUGAAAGAAAAAUCAAUAGAAGAAAAACUAGAAGUGCUUCACAAUAUGGAGCUGGAUAUGAUAGAUGGAAGAGUCAAGUUACUAAUGAGUUUGAUAAUAAACUUCAGAAUAUUAGUAGAGAAAGAAAUAAAACAAAAAAAAGAAAACAAUGUAGAGAUUUCAAUGGUAACGUAGAUGACACAAAAGAAGAUUUUAUGGGAGUAAAAGUGAUAAAAUUACAAGUUGAUGGAGAUCCUGAAGAACUAUGGAAAGAAAUUGAACAACAUAUAAAUACAAAAAUACGUCAAUAUCCCAAUCUUCAAUGUAUAAGAAUUCCUAGUACUUAUCCAAAAGAAAAAAGAGAUAAAAGGAACAAGAUAAUAGAUUUCUGUGAAGAAAGAGAUGAACAUUUUCAAGUCCUCAAAUUAAAAGGGACAAAUGAGGAAUGUUUAAAUUAUAAUAAAUGGAUAAAUGAAGAAAAGGAUAGAUUUAUAAAAAACAAUUCAUGGAGUACGAAUGAUAGCAAUGGAAAAGAUCAAGAUUUCAAAAUUUCUCAUAAUUGUACAUUGAUCAAUAUGGGUAUGUUUUCAAAUGAGAGUUGUGAUAAAUAUAACCAGAUACAAAAAAAAAUGACGAGUAAUUCAAGUAAACAAAGUUCAUUUUCUCCUUUAGCAUCCCCACAAAUUCCUAAUAGAAAUGUAACAUCAAUUAAAACUAUUGCACACAAUACUGCUCUUAAUACUACAACUACAUCUGCACAUAUAGUAAAUGCAUCUACAGAUACAUAUACCAUUAUAUCCUCAACUAUACCUACAAUUGCAUCUACAACUGCACCUACAACUACAUCUAAAAAUGAAUCUACAUCUACAACUGCACUUACAACUACAUCUAUGCCCACACCUACACCUUCAACUGCACGAGAAACUACACCCAUAUCUGCAAAAGUACCUUCAACUACAUCAACAAAUGUACCAAAAGCUAAAAAUACACCAUCACCCUCAUCUACAUUAAAAUCUACAAAUACAACAGCAUCCCUAUCUACAUUAAAACCUACAACUACAUCAAAACCUUCAAUUAGAUCAAAACCUGUAACUACAUCAAAACAUACAAAUACAACAAAACAUACAAUUACAUCAAUACCUUCAACUACACUAAGUAAUAGAAAACAAAAUUCCAGUGUUGUAUUAACUAAUUUUACAACUACUACAUCCGUACAUGGUUUAUCUGCAAGCAUUCCUGUUAAUAAUACAAGUUAUAUGAAUAUGCCUUCGGGUAUUUCUAUUAAAAGUUCAUCUACAGUAACUAAAUCUACAAUUAUUCCUCUUUCAGCUGCCUUGGGAUCAUUUUUGGGAAUUUUUCUCCUUUUUAUAUUUUUGUAUAGAUGUUCUUUCGUUGGAUCGUGGCUGGGUAACAGUAGAUCAAAGAAAAAAAAAACAGAGAGAAAAAAGAAGCAAGUACAGAUAGAUAAUGAAUCAAUAUUUGUAGGAUUUUCCGAUAAAGAAUCAGAGAUCAAUAUGAAAAACUUUCCAAUAUGUAAUGAGAAAAACAGUUCCACAUGCGAAAUUGCAUUGGAAAAUGAAAAUAAUGAAAGAAAUAUGGAAACAAAAAGUAAUAUUGCAGAAAGAAGGAAAAAGUUAAAAUGGAAGGCUGUAAUUGAAGUGCAUAUGAUUGUAUUAGAGGAGUUCCAAAAAGAGGAAUGGGAAUUGAUUAGAAAAGAAUUUCUAAAAAUUUGCUUGGAAGAAUUUAAAGAAGAAGGAAUUUAUUCGGAUAUAAUUAAUAAACACUUAAUUAUGGAAGCAGAUCAAGAAAAAAUUACUAAUAUUUUUUUAGAACAAAAACCCUUAUGGAAAAUAUGGACAGAAAGGAACAAUAAGUUGAUAGAAAAAUGGAAAAGGGAACAAUGGUUUAAAAAUUUAAAGAAAGAAUGGAAAAAUGAGGUAAAUAAAUAUAUACCAUUGAUAAAAAAUGAAGAAAUGAUGGAAACCAAAGAGAAGGGAGCGGUUAACACCAUACUAGACACACAAAAAAUAAUAUGGAAGAAGUGGAUACAAAAGCAAAAUAAAUUACAUACUUUUGAUGACGAAGAAUUGUUAAAAAAAUUGUUAGUAGAAUAUGAAACAGAAGAAGAAAUGAAAAAGAAUAUGGAAAUAAUAGAUAGAGAAAAAAUAGAAAGGGAGAUUGAGAAAAAAAAUAAAAUAGAUAAUAAUUCAAUCAAAAAUAAAUUAAUAUCAAGAUUAAGAAUAGAGAUACAUAUGAUGAUAUUAGACGAAUGCAAAAAAGAGGAGUGGAUAAGGAACAAAAAAGAAUUUUUUAAAACAUGCAUAGGAGAAUUAAAAUUACAGGAUAAUUCAAAUGAAAAAGAACUUUUAGAAAUAGAAGAAGAAAUAAUGAAAAAUAUUACAUUAAAAAAAAAAAAUGAGAAAUUGGAGAAAUUUAAAAAAGAAAAAUGUUUUAUUGAAUUGAAACAAGAAUGGAUAAAUAAUGAAAAGAAAUAUAUGGAAGAAGUGAAUAAAGAAAACUUAUUAGGAGUUAAUGAAGAAAUAAUUGAAAAUCUCAUGUUACAAAAGCAAAAGAUUAUAUGGAAGAAACAUUGGGAAGAGAUAUGUAAAAAGCUAGAGGAUGAAAAUAAGAAAGAGUGCUUUAUAAAGUUGAUGGAAGAAUUAAAGAAAAAAGAAACCAAUGUAAAAGAAAUAGAUAAAAUUAAUAAAGAAGAAAAAAAUAUAAAAGAAGACGAAAUUAAAAAGGAAAAAAAAAAAAAAAAAAUGAAACAUAUGGAAGGAAAGAUAGAAGAAGUAAAAAAAAAGAGUAAUUAUAUGACAUUGAGAAGGAAGCCGAAGAGAAAAACUAUAAUAGAAAUACAUAUGAUGAUAAUGCAGGAUUGUAAAAAAGAGGAGUGGGAAUUAAAUAGAAUAGAAUUUUUAGAAAUUUGCUUGAAUGAAUGGUUAAAAAACGAGGAAAUAAUUGAAAAUAUAAUGGACAAAGAAGUCAUAUUAGGAGAAGAAAAAGAAAGCAGUAAUGCAGCAUUAGAAAAUCAGAAGAUGCUAUCAAAGAAAUGGAUAGAAAGAAAAAGAAGGCUAUUGGAAAAAUGGGAAAAGGAAGAAUGGUUUAAAAACUUGAAAGAAGAAUGGAAAAAGGAGGAGAAUAUGUAUGCAGAAACAAAAGAUAAAUUAGAAGUCAUGGAUAUACAAGAUAAAAUGGAGAGUAAUACUACAUUAGAGAGGAAAAAAGAAAUAUGGAAGAAAUGGCUACAGAGACAAAGGGAGGUAUUUAUAGGUUAUUAUAAGGAAGGAUGGUUUACAGAGUUGUUAGAAGAAUAUGAGAAGGAAGAAUAUGAAUUUAUAAAAGAAGAAAACGAGGAGAAUGUAGAGGAAAAAAAAAAUAACUUAGAAAAUGAGAUAAAAGAAGUAGCAGUAGUAGACAUAAAGAAAGAAAGGUUAAUAUAUAGUAUGUGUGCAGAGAUACAUAUGAUGGUAUUAGAUCAAUGUAAAAAGGAAGAGAUAGAGUCAAUGAAAAAUGAGUUUCUUAAAUCAUACAUAGAACAAAAGAAAGAACAUGAGAAAUUUCGUGAACAAGAAACGGGAAAUAAGAAAAUAGAUGAAAUAGAAAAAGAAAGAGAAAUGAAUAUUAUGAUAGAGAAUAAGAAAGAAAAAUGGGAGUGUUGGAAAAAAGAGGAUUGGUUUCAGGAAUUAAAGUUGAAUUGGAAAAAGGAAAUGAUACAUAUGAAAGAAAUAACGGAUAAUAUAAGAGAAAAAGUUAUAAAUUCCAUGUUGGAAACACAAAUAAUUGAGAAACAGUGGCAAGAAAGACAAAGGAAUAUUUUAAAGAAACGGAAUAAACAAAAUAAAAAUGAAAUGUUGAUGAAAAAGAACAAAGAUGAAGAAGCGAUAGAAGGCGAAAAUGAUGAAAACGAUUUAAAAGAAUUGGAUAUUACAAUACUAUAA